CCUUCCCUGCGCUGUGUGAGUUCGCGGGAAACCGGCUGCAGUCGGGAUGCAUUAAAAACCUAUUUACAACUAGAAAUAAGUCGUUGUCGUGAGUAUUAAACCGGUGACACCAGUCAGUCUUUUUGAAACAAGCGGGGUUAAAUGCGAAGCGGUGUCACAGCCUCUCGCCGCCGCCGUUGCCCCGUAAGCUAGCGUGUGACGCUCGUUAGCUGGUCUCAGGAGCACUGAACGGAGAAGGGGAGGAAAAAAAAACCUACUGAGACAAAGAAACAGACCGGCUAACAUGAGUCACUUCAAUUUAGACCGCUUUCGUUACGAGAAGAAGACGGCGAAUAAAGAGGAGGACAGCGGCUCCAAGAGUCCAGAGUCCGAGAAGGAGAACAAGCCGGCCACAAUGAAGUCUGUCAAGGCGGCUCCGAAGUCUCAUGCUCGAGGUGUUGUUUUUGAAGAAGUCCUUACUAUCGACUUGGAGGACGAUGACGUCAUCUCUGAACCUAAGAAACAAAUGUCAUUAACAGGGAAAACAAAAUCUGAGGAGAACACGUCCACCUGUGAGGUGUCAGAUCACACUGAUGAUGAGGAUGAACUGGAUAACAAAAUGAACAGACUGCUAGAGAUGUUUCCUCAGCUCAGUAGAACUGAACUGCUGACGGUGAUCAGGAGCACAAGCACAAUGGAAGGAGCUGUAGCUGCCUGCAUUAUCCAGUUUGGAGAUAAAGAAGCACCACAUCAAAGCCGGAAGAGAAAGCAGGACGGAUCCAGCAGCUCUCAGCAAAGUGGAGAGACUCAGCCACAUAAAAAGAGUAAACCAUCAGAGGAUUCUGAAGACGAAGGUGGAAAGAAAGAAUGCAGCUGGGAGAAGCAGGAAGCCAUGGUCAGAAGACUGCAGAAAAAGUUUCCUGACCAGGACAAAGAGGAGUUGCGGAUGGUGUUACAGGAACACAACUGGAAUCUUGAAGAUUGUGUGCAAGUUUUACAAAUGUUCUCUGAUCCAGAUAACAACACUUCCACCUCACUUGAGCCUGAAGAGAAGAAAUACAGCAAGACAAAGAGUAAAGACAAAUCAAAAAAAAGCCACAAAAAGCCCAGGUGUCACAAAGAUUAUGAAGAUGGUAAAAACAGGAGAAACCAGAAGGAACCUAAGAACUACAGAGACAUUAGUGAAUCAGAUGAUGACAGUACAGAUAAUUCAGAAUCCACAAAGGACUCUAAAGAAAGUGGAGAUCACAGGAACUCUAAAAAUGACAGAGACACCGCUGUCUCGGAGAGGAAUAACUCCGAUUCUACUGAGGACAGUGAAGACUCUGAUGUGGACAACAGAAAAAGUCCAGAAAUCAAGCGUAUCUCAACUACGUCCUCAUGGAUUACAAAAAGUGAGCCGUCCUCCUCUGUGAAGCCAGCCACGUCCUCCGCUUCCCAUGCUGCUCAGAUGCUGUCCAAGUUUGCAAGUGGGACCAGCUUGGCUAAAAAACAGGCAACAGAGAGGAAGAUGCACGCACGUGACACCAAUGAGCCGAUCAGUUCUGAAGGCGAAGACGAUGAGGAAUGUCUGAGCAGCGACUUUGACGAUUCCGACAUGGAGCUGGACAAGGGACACGGAAUGACAGAAGUCAAGAAGGAGAUAGUGACUUUUUUCCAAGAGGCUUCUUUAGACGAGCUGUCGCUGAUCUCCGGCUGCUCGGUCAAAAAAGCCCAGAAGAUUGUGGAACUGAGACCUUUUGAUAGCUGGCAGAGCCUGCUUGAAGUUUUCCACAAGGACAAUGGGCUUUCAGAAGACUUGCUGAUUGGCUGCAGAGUCGUCCUCAAAGAGCGGCGGGUCGUUCUGGGGCUCAUGUCCAAAUGUGAAACGAUCUCGUCGAAGAUGGUCAAGCAGGUCACUGCGAUCAUCGAUCAGGGCACAGGAACCAUGAAGCAGCCCAGUAUACUCAACGCCCAGUUUGAGCUGAAACCUUAUCAGCUGAUUGGUCUGAAGUGGCUGCUGCUGCUUCAUGAACACAAGCUUAGUGGCAUCCUGGCUGAUGAAAUGGGUUUAGGCAAAACUAUCCAGGCCAUAGCUUUUCUAGCCCAGUUGUACCAGAACGGAAUAGAGGGUCCUCACCUCAUCACUGUGCCUGCCUCUACACUGGAUAACUGGGUCAGAGAGCUGAAGCUGUGGUGUCCAGAUCUCAAAGUUCUAGUUUAUUAUGGAUCUAUGGAAGACCGCCGCUACCUCAGACACGACAUCCUCAAUAAAGCUGUUGACUUCAAUGUCAUUGUUACUACGUAUAACUUGGCGAUAGGGAACGAAAGCGACCGCAGCCUCUUUCGGAAGCUGUGUCUGAAGUACGCUGUGUUUGACGAAGGCCACAUGCUGAAGAACAUGAACACUCUGCGCUACCGCCACCUCAUGGCCAUCAAUGCGGAGCAUCGCCUGCUGCUGACGGGAACGCCUCUACAGAACAACCUGCUGGAGCUGAUGUCUCUUCUGAACUUCAUCAUGCCUUCUUUGUUCUCCAGCUCCACCACACAGCUCUCCAAAAUGUUUUCCAUGAAAUCCCAUGAGGAGCAGAGUCGUUUCGAGAGGGACCGUAUAACUCAGGCCAAACUCAUCAUGAAGCCUUUCAUCCUCAGGAGAGUCAAGAGCGAGGUCCUCAAGCAGCUGCCAGCAAAAGAAGAGAAUGUGGAGUACUGCCCGAUGAGCGAGAAGCAGCAGGUUCUCUACCAGACGCUCUUCAAAAAACUCAAGACUUCCAUCAACGGCGAGAAGCGGGAGUUAAGCAACGUGAUGAUGCAGCUGAGAAAGAUGGCCAACCACCCUCUGCUCCACAGGCAGUACUACACCACAGAGAAGCUCAAAGCCAUGAGCAAACUCAUGCUCAAAGAGCCGACCCACUUCGAUGCAGAUGCGGCUCUCAUCCAGGAGGACAUGGAGGUGAUGUCCGACUUCGAGCUGCAUCGUCUGUGCAAGCAGUAUUCCUCCAUCGGCUCCUACCGGCUGGAACAGAGUCUCUUACUUGACUCUGGAAAAUUCUCCCACCUCACAGAGCUGCUGUCCUCACUAAAGGAUAAGGGAGAUCGAGUGGUGUUAUUCAGUCAGUUCACCAUGAUGCUGGACAUCGUGGAAGAGUUAAUGAAACAUCUCAGCCAUCGAUACGUCCGAUUGGAUGGAUCCACGCCGAUUGCUGACAGGAUUGGGUUGAUUGACGAAUUCAACACGGAUCCUGACAUAUUUGUGUUCCUGUUAUCGACCCGCGCCGGUGGCCUUGGCAUCAAUCUCACCUCAGCUAAUGUUGUCAUCCUGCAUGAUAUCGACUGCAAUCCUUACAAUGACAAGCAGGCAGAGGACAGAUGUCACCGCGUUGGCCAGACCAGGCCCGUGCAAGUGAUCAAACUGAUCAGCAAGGACAGCAUUGAAGACUGCAUCCUGCAGCUGGGCCUCAAGAAGUUAAAGCUGGAGCAGGACAUGACUGCUGCUGAACAGGGUGGCGAGGGGACCAUACCUGAAGACAUGGCAUCAUUGCUCAGAGCCUCACUGGGACUGUGAUACACAGACAUGAUACUUGAAACUGUACAGAAGUCGUUCGAUGGCGUUCUCAGACAUCAGUUCUCCAAACUAAUGCACACCUUUGUGUCUCCGGCUGAGAACCGCUGCAGCCCACUGUACUGCCAUUGAAGCGACUGAAACCAGGUUUACUGUGCCGCGUGGUAGCUGUGCCUCAAACAUCUUUUUAUACUCACAGCUGCUUCUUUAACUACAUGACCAGUAUAUCAAGGUGAAGCUUAACUGAGCUGCAAAAACCACAUGAUGCUUGGACACUCCUGUUAACAGUCAAGCAGCAGUAUGACUGGUUAAUUCACCACAUUCAGUCUCAUAUCCUCAAUCAGAUGAAGGCAUUGUCGGUGGAGAAGUAAAGAGACGCCAGUCUGUGGUGUGUUAAGUUCCAGGACAAUAGUGGAGAAUGGACCAUAGUGGAUUUCAUUACGGACCACCGUCUGCCUCCAAUUCAUGCUUGUUCUCAAACCAAAUAGCCAUCAACAGUUAUUUUGGUGGUUACAGUCGACCCGGCCCCGGAUAAGUGGUGGAAGAUGGAUGGACAGUCAUUGGUAACAGCUGAAGAGCAGCAGCCAAGCCUAAGAUUUUUAUUUUUUCCCCCCCAAUUUAAAUGCUUCAACUUCCAUCCUAUUGUUGUAUUAUACUUCCAUUUAUCAGCCAAGGCAAACUGAUGGUCCAUUGUUAGCUGUUUGAGUGUCGGUCGGUUUGUUUGAUGUAGUUACUCUCACCUUUUUCUAGUGUGACCGCUAGUAAAACUAAGACAAAAGAGAGAGGGCAUACUGCAGACUGUCAAUUAGUGGUGCUCCAUUUCAUUUCAUUGCUAUUUCCAGUUCUUUAGAAAUCUUGGUUACACAGUAAAGAUGACUAAAGGAACCAACUGCUGCAUUCCUGUGCUAUAUUAAGUGGGUAAUGUCUUCUGGAUGUAGAAGUGUUGCUGUAAAGACUUUUACUGUCAUUUGUAUGUUUUCUAGAUCUCUGUUUAAACUGAUUAAUAAAUAUUGGAAUAAA